UGAACAAGACGUCCCCUCUUAAAAUUGAUAUCUUUGUAAACUGCUCGCUAUAAAUUUGUUUCCUUCUCACUUCUUUGUUUGUGGAAGACAGCAAGCAAGUCCAGCUCAUCAUGUCAACUCCUAGGGUGCAGUUGCUCAUUGAAGAUCAACAUGUGGUUAUGGAUAACGGCAUUCUUCAAGUCACACUAUCAAACCCAGGAGGACUCGUUACUGGCAUUCAGUAUAAUGGUAUAGACAAUUUGCUUGAAGUUCUUGACGUGGAAACUAACAGAGGAUAUUGGGACCUUGUUUGGAGUCAAGCAGGAAGCACAGGAACAACAGGAACUUUUGACGUGUUUGAAGGAACAACUUUUAGGGUUAUAGUGGAAAAUGAAGAGCAAGUAGAAGUCUCAUUCACAAGAACAUGGGAUCCCUCCCUUGAAGGCAAAUUCGUUUCCUUGAACUUGGACAACAGGUUCAUAAUGCUCAGGAAUUCUUCAGGAUUUUAUUCCUAUGCCAUUUUUGAGCAUUUAGCAGACUGGCCUCCUUUCAACCUCCCGCAAACCAGAAUUGUCUUCCAGCUCAGAAAAGACAAGUUUCACUACAUGGUCGUAGCAGACAACAGGCAAAGAUUCAUGCCACUUCCUGAUGACAGGCUACCUGAAAGAGGUGAGCCCCUAGACUUUCCCGAAGCAGUCUUGCUUGUUGACCCAGUGGAGCCAGAGUUCAAAGGAGAGGUAGAUGACAAGUAUCAAUACUCAUGUGAGAACAAAGAUCUCCAUGUUCAUGGGUGGAUUUGCUUUGAUCCACCCACGGGGUUCUGGCAAAUCACACCUAGCAGCGAGUUCCGAUCUGGUGGACCACUCAAGCAGAACCUUACCUCCCAUGUUGGACCCUAUACUCUCGCAAUGUUUCUCAGUGCUCAUUAUGCUGGAGAGGACCUUGUGCUAAAACUCAACCCUGGUGAACCGUGGAAGAAGGUUUUUGGACCUGUUUUUAUGUAUCUCAACUCUGUUGUGGAUAAAGAUAAUGCACUUUCCCUUUGGGAUGAUGCUAAGGAACAGUAUUUGAAGGAAGUCCACUGUUGGCCGUACAGCUUCCCAGCUUCUGAAGAUUUUCCAUGCUCCGAUCAACGUGGUAAAAUCAGUGGCAGGUUACAAGUCCUAGAUAGGUAUAUAAGCCAUGAAUGCAUAGCUGCUAAUGAUGCUUAUGUGGGGCUAGCACCGCCAGGAGAUGUUGGAUCGUGGCAAAGAGAAUGCAAGGGAUACCAAUUCUGGACCAAAACAGAUGGGGACGGCUCUUUCUGUAUUGGCGAUAUACGCACUGGCGACUACAAUCUUUAUGCAUGGAUUCCUGGUUUCAUCGGCGAUUACCGAAAUGAUACUGUUAUUACAGUAACUGCAGGUUGUGAAAUCGAUGUUGGUGAUCUUGUAUAUGAACCUCCAAGAGAUGGUCCAACAGUGUGGGAAAUAGGCAUACCAGAUCGAUCUGCUGCAGAGUUUUACAUUCCUGAUCCUAACCCAAAGUAUAUUAACAAACUUUUCAUCAACCAUCCUGACAGGUUUAGGCAGUAUGGGCUGUGGGAAAGGUAUGCUGAUUUAUAUCCUGAUGGGGAUCUGGUAUACAGAGUUGGUCUCAGUGACUACAAGAAAGAUUGGUUUUUCGCUCAAGUAAACAGGAAGAAAGAUGACGGUACAUUAGAAGGAACGACAUGGCAAAUCAAGUUCAAGCUGGACGAUGUAGAUCAAAGUGGUGCGUUCAAGUUACGAUUGGCACUGGCAACAGCCAACGUUGCAGAACUGCUAGUUCGGAUAAACGAUCCAAAAAUAGAUCCUCCCCAUUUUUCAACCGGAGAAAUUGGGCAUGACAACACAAUAGCAAGGCAUGGAGUCCAUGGCCUCUACCGCCUUUACAAUGUAGAUGUGCCAGGCACUACGCUUGUGGAAGGAGAAAAUACCGUGUUUCUGACACAAACACCUAGAACCAGCCCUUUGCAGGGCAUCAUGUAUGAUUAUAUUCGCUUAGAAGGCCCUCCACCACCUGAUUCCAAGGAGACACUUUGAUUUUAUCUUUCUUCAACAUUCGACAGGAAGGAUAAAACAUCGACUUGGAAUGUUUGCACAAGGAAUUUAUUGUUCUUUUCCUUUAUUCUUUUUUUUUUUUUUAAUCUUGUGUAAUGAACGUCUUUCCUUCUUCCUUGGUAAUACCAGCUUCUUCAAUUUGUGAUACUUCCCCGUUAUAUGUCA